GCAAAAAGAAAGGAUGAGUAGGAAGGGAGCAGCCGACGAGUGGUGUGGCAUCCGUUUUACCAGUGAAAAUUCUUCGGGACUACACAUGGCUACCUAUAAUGACCAUAGAUUGAAAUGCGCAAAGUGCGACAACAGUUUUAGUACACCAUCUAGUUUACAAAAACAUCAAGUACUCCAUUUUGGUAAGGAGUUCGUCUGCAACAUGUGUAAUUUUGCGACAUUGCACAGAGGUAAUCUGAAACGGCACAUCCGGUUGCAUGAACGCGAAGAUAGUCAUUCGUUAACCAAAAAUGAAUUGAUACAUCACGGUCAUUGGACUAAGACCCACAAGAAAACAGAAAAAACCUUCAUCUACAAACCGCGUAGUUCAGGCAGUAAAACAUCUGGAUUAACGAACAUUGAAUUCCAUGAUGACGAUGACUUUAUCGAAGAACAUCAACGCAAAAAGUGCAACGAAAAGCAUCAGACAACUAUAGAUUAUAGAGUUUCUCAUACCGUUAAAAAUCAUAAUGGAGACAAGUCUGGUAACUGCCUCAAAAAAGAGAAAUCUCUAACUACCUUCAGGGCAAACAAAGUUAAAAAAAGUGGAGUUGAAAAACCGCUUUUGAAUUCAUCGUCGUUUGGUCAACAAAAAUGCACCCGACUGGUGGCCGGUCACGCACGUCAGGUCAACAAGAAAUUGAAUGCAGUACAGGAUGAAGCCCGAAAAAUAAAAUCUCAAAGUUCGAUGCUAACGUCCGUUCCUGCAUUACUUCCUCUACUCGAACGCUUGCUAGAAUUGUCCGCUUGCAUCGCAAAAAAAAUUCCUAAAGCAAUUAAGAAGGAAGUUCGUUUGCAAUACGCAGAGUGCCUGGAAUAUCUAUUGCACACCAUCAAGAUGGUUAUUGUUCGCUGGGAAGAUUUGAUUGGCCUGAUGUAUCGUGACACGUCGCUCAACGCCAUCCAGUACGCCUACGGAACACUCCCCAUUUUUACAAACUGGGAAAAGAAUGAACACCUUCAAAUGUUGGAAAAUAUCCUUCUGUUGAUUCUCAACACAGUAAAAAACAAGCAGUGUCCACCAGUCAUCGGAUCUGACGUUAACCAGAAUCUGGGGUAAAAUGUCCACAUCUAGUCAUUUCGAUUGGACAGGCACGUAGAAAUUCAACGUAUUGAGAAUUACGCGAAAACGUUUAAUCAACGUACAGUGAAACGCAAAUGUUUUAAAGGAUAAUAAUGGUGUACUACCGCUCCGUGUUCCGUUAUAGAGGAGGAUGCGACAUGUGGUGCACGCAUGGUUACAUUCAGAAUCAUGCCAUCACCGUCUCAUGUUAGUUGGUACCAGGAAAAUGAAAAAGUUUUAUAUCUUGCCGAUAUAACGUAACUCUUAAAUACUGUGGGAUGCUUCUCUUCCUGUUUUUUUCGCGUUAAACUUUAUGUAUCUAAAUUCCAUGCAACAUGGCCAACCUAAGCGAACAGAACCAACUAUUCUUCUGUUUGGUUAUUUUAUUAUUAUCAACC